AUAAUUUUUACUAUGACAUCGAAAAAAAAAUUGAGCAUUCGAUGAAGUUUGUUCGAAAUAAUUUUUGUGAAAACAAAUGUGUAAACAGCAAAGUAGUAGCAGGUCUAACUAGAGAUCUUUCGAGCAAGAGUCUUAAAAAAGUUUCGUAUUUGCCUCAAAAAAAGAAUUACGCCAUCUGCGUAUUAUUGAGAAUCGUUGCUUCCGUUUCCUACAAACGCACGCACACAAGCCACGAGUUAUACGGCUCCGGGGACUGCAUCUAUAUAAUAUUCGAGCGGCCAGGCUCAUCUCUCUCAAUUUCGGUGUACCAGUCGAGCAGCAAGGAACACACUUGGCUUCGGCAGACCGCAGCAGAGAGCAACUAGCGCCAAAGCAGUGACGAUGCACGUCCGCAGCUACGUAGAGUCGAGGUGGCAGGCCACUUUACACUCUGCUGCUGCUGUGUCGUGCGCCAUUUUCGCUACGCUCUCGCCGGCUUGCCAAUGUCUGGCCAGCGCCAACGUAUCAUCGCCGUGUACCGGCGAUAAAAAGACGCCUCGUGCGAAUCCGCGAGUAUCGACGAGGCGAUCUAUGAUGCCGUCUUGAACAAAAGCGCAUUCAGACAUUCCUUAAAAUUGAAAUAUUAAGAAUAUCGUCAUUUUUUGAACGAAACCAUCAAGAUGUAUUUAUACAACUUGACUCUCCAACGUGCCACGGGCAUUACCCAUGCUGUCCACGGCAAUUUCUCCGGUUCUAAAAUGCAAGAGAUUUUGGUCUCAAGAGGCAAAUCGCUCGAGCUCUUGAGACCUGAUCCAAAUACUGGCAAAGUUCAUACUUUGUUAACCGUAGAAGUAUUUGGAGUCAUAAGGUCACUUAUGGGCUUUAGGUUAACUGGAGGUAUCAAAGACUACAUUGUUGUAGGCUCAGACUCGGGGAGAAUAGUUAUUCUUGAAUAUAUCCCUGCUAAAAAUAUUUUUGAAAAAGUUCACCAAGAAACUUUUGGUAAAAGUGGAUGCAGGAGAAUUGUUCCUGGACAGUAUUUAGCCAUCGACCCCAAAGGGCGUGCAGUUAUGAUUGGGGCCAUUGAAAAACAAAAACUAGUCUAUAUUCUAAAUAGAGAUCCUGAAGCACGACUCACAAUUUCGUCGCCUCUAGAGGCUCACAAAAGCAAUACUCUUGUCUAUCACUUAGUUGGUGUUGAUGUGGGUUUUGAAAAUCCUAUGUUUGCUUGCUUAGAAAUUGACUAUGAAGAAGCAGAUGCUGAUCCUACUGGUGAAGCUGCUGUGAGAACUCAGCAAACCUUGACUUUUUAUGAAUUAGACUUGGGUUUGAAUCACGUUGUCAGGAAGUACAGUGAACCAUUAGAAGAGCAUGCUAAUUUUUUGGUAUCUGUACCUGGUGGAAAUGAUGGCCCUAGUGGCGUACUGGUUUGCUCUGAAAAUUAUCUUACAUACAAGAAUUUGGGGGAUCAACCAGAUAUUCGAUGUCCCAUUCCACGACGUCGUAACGAUCUUGAUGAUCCUGAAAGAGGCAUGAUUUUUGUUUGUUCAGCAACACAUAAAACCAAGAGCAUGUUUUUCUUCCUGGCACAAACUGAACAAGGAGACAUUUUCAAAAUUACACUUGAAACUGAUGAAGAUGUUGUCACUGAAAUCAAACUGAAAUAUUUUGAUACUGUGCCAGUAGCUACCAGUAUGUGUGUACUGAAAACAGGUUUCCUUUUUGUUGCUUCAGAAUUCGGCAACCAUUAUUUGUACCAAAUCGCACAUUUGGGUGAUGAUGAUGAUGAACCAGAAUUCAGUUCAGCUAUGCCUUUAGAGGAAGGUGAUACUUUCUUUUUUGCACCAAGACCGUUGAGAAAUUUGGUGCUUGUUGAUGAAUUGGACAGUCUUUCACCAAUAAUGAACUGUCAUGUCGCUGAUUUGGCCAAUGAAGAUACACCACAACUAUACAUGGCAUGUGGCAGAGGACCACGGUCAACUCUUAGAGUACUGCGCCAUGGUCUUGAAGUUUCUGAGAUGGCUGUGAGUGAACUUCCUGGUAAUCCAAAUGCUGUGUGGACUGUUAAAAGACGUAUAGACGAGGAAUACGACGCUUACAUUAUAGUGUCUUUUGUGAAUGCCACUCUUGUAUUAAGUAUCGGUGAAACAGUCGAAGAAGUAACAGAUUCUGGUUUUCUUGGUACUACACCAACUCUUAGUUGUUCAGCUUUAGGAGAUGAUGCUCUUGUUCAGGUCUAUCCUGAUGGAAUUCGUCAUAUUCGUGCAGACAAACGUGUUAACGAGUGGAAAGCACCCGGUAAAAAAACCAUUAUCAAAUGUGCUGUUAAUCAACGUCAAGUCGUUAUUGCUUUAACUGGUGGAGAACUUGUUUACUUCGAAAUGGACCCAACGGGUCAGUUAAAUGAGUAUACUGAACGUAAAAAGAUGCCAUCAGAAGUGAUGUGCAUGGCAUUGGGCAAUGUCGCUGCUGGUGAGCAGCGGUCCUGGUUCCUUGCUGUUGGUUUACAAGACAACACUGUACGCAUAAUCUCUCUGGACCCAUCAGAUUGUCUUGCUCCACGUAGUAUGCAAGCUUUACCAGCUGCCGCUGAAAGUUUGUGUAUUGUUGAAAUGGGAAUUAAAGAAAAAGACGAAGAUGAACCAUCUAGUAAUGUUCAACCUGCUCUUCAUUUAAAUAUCGGUUUGCAAAACGGUGUAUUGCUACGAACGGUGUUAGACCCGAUUUCAGGAGAUUUGUCUGACACACGUACUCGUUAUUUGGGCUCACGACCAGUCAAACUUUUCCGUAUUAAAAUGCAAGGUAAUCAAGCCGUGCUUGCGAUGAGCAGUCGUUCGUGGCUCAGUUACUACUACCAAAAUCGUUUUCACCUUACGCCACUCUCUUAUGAGAGUCUGGAAUUUGCAUCAGGCUUUAGUUCCGAGCAAUGUCCGGAGGGUAUAGUAGCUAUUUCAACCAACACUUUGAGGAUUUUGGCUCUAGAAAAACUCGGUGCGGUUUUCAAUCAAGUCAGUUUCCCUUUGGAAUACACUCCAAGGAAGUUUGUAAUUCAUGAAUCAACACACAUUGUUUUGCUCGAAACAGAGCACAACGCUUACACAGAAGAAACGAAACAACAACGUCGACUUCAAAUGGCUGAAGAAAUGAAAGAAGCUGCAGGUGCAGAUGAAGCCGCGGUCGCCAGAGAAUUAGCUGAAGCUUUUCUUACAGAAGAACCCAAUGAACAAAUAUUUGGUGCACCGAGGGCUGGACCUGGUUUGUGGGCUUCGAUGAUAAGAAUUAUGGCACCAACAACUGGUGUUACCUAUCAAGUUUUAAGACUUAAACAAAAUCUUGCUGCGUUAUGUUUGGCUUUUGUAAAAUUCUCCAAUCAAGGAGACCAACAAUUUCUUGUGGUUGGCGUUGCCAAAGAAUUUCAGCUUAAUCCUAGGAUAAGUAACGGUGGAUACCUUCAUACAUACAGAGUUAAUAGCGACUGCACUAGCAUUGAACUGAUACAUGAAACGCCACUUGAUGAAAUUCCUCUAGCUGUUUGUGCCUAUCAAGGACGAGUUUUAGUUGGCGUUGGUAAAAUGCUUCGCCUUUACGACAUGGGCAAGAAAAAAUUGCUUCGUAAAUGUGAAAACAAGCAUAUUCCUAACGCAGUAGUAUCGAUCGUUGCUAUUGGACAACGCAUUUACGUAAGCGAUGUUCAGGAAUCUGUUUACGCUGUAAGAUAUAAGAGGCAAGAAAAUCAACUGAUUGUUUUUGCGGAUGAUACAUUACCCAGAUGGAUAACAACUACUUGUAUUUUGGAUUACGAUACCGUAGCAACAGCGGAUAAAUUCGGAAAUAUAGCCGUGAUACGAUUGGCAAGUGGUGUAAACGAUGAUGUUGACGAAGAUCCUACUGGCAAUAAAGCUUUGUGGGAUCGAGGGUUACUGAAUGGCGCUUCUCAAAAAGCUGAUACAGUAGCAUGUUUCCACGUUGGAGAAACCGUUAUGUCACUUCAAAAAGCUACGCUUAUACCAGGAGGCAGUGAAUCAUUGGUUUACACAACUCUCAGCGGUACUGUCGGCGUUUUAGUACCGUUCACGAAUCAUGAAGAUCACGACUUUUUUCAACAUCUUGAAAUGCACAUGCGAUCAGAGCAUCCACCAUUAUGUGGACGUGAUCAUCUAAGUUUCCGUUCGUACUAUUAUCCCGUUAAAAGUGUCAUUGAUGGUGAUCUUUGUGAACAAUUCAACAGUAUCGAACCAACCAAACAGAAAAGUAUCGCUGGCGAUCUGGAAAGAACAGCCGCCGAAGUGUCAAAAAGAUUGGAAGACAUUCGAACUAGAUUCGCAUUCUAA